AUGGGAGACCAUGCAAGCAUCGUAGCCAAGAUCAUGAACUGCAUCACUGACCGCUGCCAGAAAGAAAUCAGACCAAUCCCUACCAUCUACAGUGAGGAACUCUGCAAACUGCGUGACAACGAAUGGGAUGAAGAGACAAGAACCGUUGUAGAGAAGAUACCCACCUUCAACUCCAAGAAGUCACAGCUGUACAGAGCCAGACGCAAGCUUACACCAAAGCUACCAAACACUACCCAGGACAUUGAUCUCGAGGGAAGAUGGACGGAAACCAACACUGGAGAGCGCUUCCUACACAUUGACGAUGGUGACCAGAACAGAAUCCUUGUCUUCGCCACAUCAGAGGACUUGGCUGAGCUCGCCACCGCCGACCGCAUCUACUGUGAUGGUACUUUCUACACGUGUCACAACAUCUUUCAUCAGAUCUACACGAUACACAUUGAGAUAGAUGGAUCCAUGUACCCAGUUGUCUACGCUCUUCUACCCGGGAAAAGUCAGCACAUCUACACAAGAUUCUUCACACUACUCAAGACAUUCAUGGCAGACAACCACCUACCCAUGUCGCCCGACACAGUAUUCGUUGACUUUGAGACAGCUGUCCACAACGCAAUCCGCACCGUCUUCCCAGGGACCGAUAUCAAGGGCUGCUUCUUCCACUACACCCAAUGCGUCUGGAGAAAGGCACUGAUGACUGGACUACAGCUUCCAUACCGGGACAACGAAGACAUCAGGAGACUGGUUCGCCGUGCAGCAGUCCUACCUCUGGUACCUGAGCAGCAAGUUGAGGAUGUCUGGUUUCACGCACUACAGGACAUUGAGUACGCCGACCUACCAGCUGACGUGACACCAUUCACGGACUAUGUUGUUGACCAAUGGGUGGAUGGAGACCGACCAGUUUGGAACCACUACGACAACGAUGGACCACGUACCACCAACCACCUAGAAGCCUGGCACGGGAAGCUGAAGAAGAUUGUGCAACACGCCCAUCCAAACAUCUUCGAGAUCAUCCAGACAUUCAAAGACAUUCAGGCUACCAACGAAAUUGCAAGACUCCAACGACGCGCCGGUGGAACCAGACGACCCCGACCCAAGAGGUACAGAAACAUUGACACCCGCCUUGCCCUGCUGAAACAGAGACUGGAGAGCAACACCAUAGACAUCAUUGCGUACGCUGAUGCAGCAUCUGAGCUUCUUCACUUGGGUUGA